UUUUUUUAAUCCGCUUUUCGGUUGGUGGUGCCUGCCGUCUGCCCGUCUACCUCUACCGUGCGGAGGGGGAAGAGGGGAGAGGCCAGGAGGGGAAGCCUGCAGCCACCAUGGAUUCCGACCUCUGGAUCUCGCGUCUCAUGGCUGCCAAGCGGCAGUUUGCGCUGCAGCGCGCGCAGCGCCAGCACGCCGCCCCGGCAUCCCACCACGAUCGAUUCGGGUAUGAUGAUAUCGAACCUGAGGAUGAUGUGCGCUCAGACUUCCCAUGCCCUUACUGUUAUGAAGAUCAUGAUGUUACUUCUCUGUGCGCCCAUUUGGAGGAUGAGCACCCUUUUGAGUCUAAAAUUGUGUCUUGCCCUGUUUGCUUGGCUAGGAUUUCGAAGAACUUGUUGGAUCAUAUAACCCUUCAGCAUGGCUACCUAUUUAAAUUGCAGAGACAUCACAGAGUACGUAGAGUUACUGGUAAUGGCAACCACAAUCUCUCCUAUGCAGGGAGAGAUCUUCAGCUUCAAGAGACCUACUUAAAGGUGCUUCUUGGAAAUAGCAGUCGAAGCAGCAGUACCAAUGCAUCAAGUACAGUCACUGAUUCACUGCUAUCCUCGCUAGUUUUAAAUCUAUCUUCAUUAGAAGUGGAGGACACGUCAAAGUCUUCAGCUCCUUCUGUGGUGGAAAAUAAUUGGUUUAAACGAUCACUACCUUCAAAGACUUGGAAGUUAAGGAACUUAAAACUGGACCUGCGAGGGGCAAGCCGCCCCCCGGGCUUUGAACUAAGAAGAAGGACCUUCUCACACAGGCCUAGAAAACCCCCGAACCCUGGCCCCGCCCAUACACUGGGAGACAUUACCCGUGAGAUUACCUGCCUGGGCCUCACAUGGUCCUCAGGCCGACCUGGGCCGAUCUCAUUACUGUUGCUUUGGACACGGGGCCAACGAGGAGAUUUUUUUACCCAAGUUUCCCAAAAUCCGCUCAACCAGGGGUUCGAACCUGGGACCUGGGGGUGCCGCCGGAACGUGCCUAACCACUGGGCUUGGCACCCUUUGGCGUAUACAUAGGAACUUAAGUUUGACUAAACAUGCCUGGAGUGUAAAUUUAUGAAAAAUGUUUAAUUAUAUAUUGUUCUUAUGUUUUUUAUUGAUGAAGUUUUAUUUUUGAAAUAGUAUUACAAAUAGUACCAGAUCCAGCAAUUCUGGUUCUCGUCUAGACAUGAAGUAAGCUUGCUGAACUGUAGCAGAUAUGGAGAAAUUGAGUUAAUGCAUAUACACACACGAAAGUCCUAUGCAA